CGGUGGGAGCCAUGGCGGCCCCGCUGGCGGCUGCGGGCGGAGGCGGAGCGGCGGCGGCGGCGGCAGCGGCGGGGAGGGGCGGGCGGGGUCCGGCGCUGCGGGAGGGAGCGCGGGUGUCGGCGCUGUGCCUGGCGUGGUACGGGCUGAGCGCCGGCGGGAACGUGGUGAACAAACUGCUGCUCGGCGGCUUCCCGCGGCCCGUCACCGUCUCUCUCUUCCACAUCCUGGGGCUGUGCGGGCUCCUCCCGCCGCUGCUCCGCGCCUGGAGGGUACCGCCCGCCGGCCCGGCCCAGCUGCCGCCCCGCGCUUACCCCCGCUACAUCCUGCCCCUCGCCUUCGGCAAGUACUUCGCCUCCGUCUCGGCCCACGUCUCGCUAUGGAGGGUCCCGGUCUCCUACGCGCACACAGUGAAAGCGACGAUGCCGAUCUGGGUGGUUCUGCUCUCACGGAUCAUAAUGAAGGAGAAGCAGACAACGAAGGUGUACUUGUCCCUGAUCCCCAUUAUAACUGGUGUCCUGCUGGCCACUGUCACAGAGCUUUCUUUUGACAUGUGGGGACUUAUCAGUGCACUUGCUGCUACUCUGUGUUUUUCACUUCAGAACAUCUUCUCAAAAAAGGUGUUAAGGGAUUCCCGAAUACAUCACCUUCGACUGCUGAACAUCCUUGGGUGCCAUGCUGUCUUCUUCAUGAUCCCAACGUGGGUUCUGGUGGAUCUUUCUUCCUUCUUAGUAGAGAAUGACUUGAGCUCGAUGUCUCAUUGGUCCUGGACCUUGCUGCUGCUUAUCAUCAGUGGAUUCUGUAACUUUGCCCAGAAUGUCAUUGCCUUCAGCAUUCUCAACCUGAUCAGCCCCCUGAGUUACUCAGUUGCAAAUGCCACAAAAAGAAUCAUGGUGAUCACAGUGUCCCUCAUAAUGCUUCGGAACCCAGUUACCAGCACCAACGUCCUUGGCAUGAUGACAGCCAUCUUAGGGGUCUUCUUAUACAACAAGACAAAGUAUGAUGCAAACCAAGAAGCAAAGAAGCAGCUACUUCCUGUUACAACUGGAGACCUUGUGAAUUUGGACCGGCACCGGAACACCCCUGAGAAGUCUCAGAAUGGACUGACAGCCUUUGCACAGCACGGGGACUAUCAGUACAGCCGAACCAACCUCCUGACAGACCACUUCCAGUACAACCGGCAGAACCACCCAACCACCUACAACCUAAAUCGUUUUGAUAUCUAGAACCCUGGCAAACAGGUAGAGACUGUGACAUCAGGAGUGUCCCCAGCAUCAUCAGAAACUCUGAGUACAUCCAUGAAUGUAAAGCCAUUUUAUUGUAGAGGUUUUGCAGAAGGGAAGAUGCAUGUGUAGUGAAAAUGGUACAGACCUCCAACUUGUGCUGCACAGGCUGUGACACAGCUAGAUCUGACCCUGGAACCAGAGGCACAGUGUGCAGCUCUUGUACAGAGAUCCUGGUGAAAGGCACAUCCAAAACUUCAGAGUAAACUAUGCUCUCACUGCUCCUUUUCAGAGUCUGUCAACUGAUUAUUCUCUUGGCAGCUCAUUUCUGGCCAGUAUUUUGUGUCCACGCUGGUAAGGUCACCUUUAAUUUGUUCUUUAAUAUGCUUUAAUGAUACUUUUUUUAAGGAAAAUUUCAAAAAAGAAGUGAAACUAAGGUGUACUUCUGGUUAUCAGGGGUUGUCUGUUUGUGGAGGAUGUAUAACAGUUGCAGAAAGGGAGACCUGAGUUCAUCUCAAGCAGUUAUGAAACUUCCUCUGGGUUUGAACUACUUUUUGUGCCUAUGCCCUCAGUUUUUUAUGUCAAACCAGAAGAAUUUUUGAGAGUAGAAAGUAGAGAGAUGGAUCUCUUUGAGAAGAGUACUCCAGGUCUAGAGAAACAGAGUUCUCUAAAAUCACUGUUGUCCCAGUCACUGUAGAUAACAAACAAACAGCAUAAGAUCAUGAUUGUUUUCUGAAUAAAGCAGUCCUGUAACUUCAGACAUUGCUCUUCCUUGGCAGUACAGAAAACACCUUCACAAAUAAAGCAUUUGGAAUAAGACAAUUUAUUUUUUUUUCACUUGCUUCACACCCUUUCUUCCAAAGCUCUUUUGUUGCUUUAGAAAUAGAAUGGUUUAAGGUGUUUUCUUCUGUUACAUGCAUAAAUUAUGCUCCUUUCUAUGAUUCCUAUAUAAUGAAUGCAUUCAUUUGAAUAAUCACCAUUCUUAAUUUAUUCUUAAAUCUAUCUUUUUACCCCCUGAUUUUUGGUUUGGCUUUUUUUUUAAGUUUCUUAAUUACUGCUGUUGGAGUUGCUUUGUGUAUUUGGUCUGAUUUCCACUUUCCACUGAAAGAAGUUAAUUUUGCAUCCAGCUCUAUUCCUGCAACUUGAAUAGGAAAUUGGAAAGAAAAGACUUGUAAGAAAAAAAAAGAAAGAAAAAAAAUGAUUUUACAGCAGUAAAUAGAUAAUUUAUGGUUAAAACAAACUGAUUGAAGUAUAAGUGAACAUACUUUAUUCUAGACAAGCUGAUUUUUGUGUCAGAUACUUCAUUAGUUCAUGAAAGGGAUUAAACCAGCUGAACUUGGGGUUCACUGAGCCAGGCUGCUGCUGCUUUAGCAAAAGAAGAUUUUAGGGCCCUUCUUACUUUACCAGAAAAGCUGUUGUACAGUGAGAGUUUGACAGCACAAGUAUUAUGUUUUUACUAGACAGGUAUUAGAUACCAGUUACAAAAUGUAGAGUGUGUUACAGAACACUCCACCUAUUUAUUGCUUUAAAAGUGACCAUUUCUGUGACGUGAGAUGAUGAUUUGGCUCCUUUCUGCAUAAUAAAGAAUUUAUUUUUAAGUGCAAAGUCAACCUGAUCUUGUUCUUUUGGCUGACUGGGGAGGUGGUGACAUCAACUGCUUUCCACCAUGCAGUCCAAAAGAGGAAAUGGUCCUUCUGAAACUUCAUGUGUGGGUUAAAUAUGCUGCUAAUGUUUGUGAGCAGAACUUCCUUGACUUGACUGGAGUUGAAUCUGUUCAUGUCAGCUUAGAACUUGGGGUUUUAGUUUAGAAAAACUCAGUAAAUUAUUCCCUAAAUCUGCUUAAUAAGAACAGGAUUCUCUGAGAUGAAAUUGCUUUUGCAAGUUUUAGUGUUGAUUUAUCUAUAAUUAUUCCUUUUUAAUAUGGGAAGGCACCAAAUGUGUAUUUCUGAGGCUCACUCCCCAGUGUUUAAGUGCUUUUACAGACACAUGAAAAGGAUUCUGUGGACUCUGGACUUGGAUUGGGUUCUGACUCUGCAAAAGAAUCAUUUGAGGAUGACACAUUUAGGCUGGGGUUUUUAAGAGAAGCUGUGGUUCUCCAUCUGCUUGCAAAGGGAGCUCUCUGUAAACUGUUAGACUCCUGCAAAUCUCUAAUUGGGUUCUUUGUGCCUCUGUUUCCCAUCUGGAAAAUUAAGUUUAUUCUUCUCUACUUCACAGAGAAGAAGAAAAAAAAAAAAGUAGCAGUGGAGGCAUUCUGUGAGUUCAGCUGUAAAUGUUCUGGUGUGUAAAACCUUCCAACAGCUGGAGCUGGAACUUGGAACAAAGCUCUACAUGCUUUAUUCACAGAUCAGAGGCUUUAUUAAGUAUAUUCACAUUGUUCCCUUUUAAGGAACAUAACCACAUCUUUUUUGCAGCUCCUCAGAGGCAGCUUGCACUGCACACUUGUGUGCAGUGGCCUUCUUUGAGGGGGCUUUAGCAUCAGCCCUUCUUUAGGGCUUUAGCUUAGCUUUUUCUGCCAAUAGCAGGGUAGCAGGUGAGGGUUUUCUUCUGAAAAUACCUUCUCCCACAUUGCAGACAGGGCUUGUGGCCUCCCUGUGUCUCUGGAAUAAAACUCCUGGACAUGCAGAACGAAAAGGGACUGACCCAAAGCAAGGAUCUUACCUGCUGAGGGCACAGAGAGUGAAUCUCUUCCCUGACAGUAUUCAUGCCCUUCUAGCUCAGGUCUGUGGUCACCAGGGAUAAUUUUCUGUGCUGCAACAUGUAAUUAAAAAGUUCAGUGAAUUGGAGGUGGUUUUGCUGAGCACCCAAAUCUGAGUCCCUAAGCAAUACUGCCCAUGUUCAGGUAAAGGAAGUUUCUGAUGCUGUUGUAAUUUAUAUUUUAAUCUUGGAGCACUGCAAGAUUUUGUUUGGCGAGGUGAAACGUUUGUUUUAACAUGGUUUGUAACUUAAUGACAUAUUUAACUGUGUACAUAGGUCUGUAGAAAGUAUGGAAACACUGGAAUAAAAAGGGCAUAUCUAGACACUGGUGUUUAAUGACCCUGUUAUUAAAUCAGAGAGAAGGGGGUUGGUUUGGGUUGGUUUUUUUUCCUUACAGGAAGCUUUGGGAGUGCCACACACGAGUAUUUAUGGCCACUUGUGAGAAAUUGGAUUAAUGUUUUGCUCUGUGGGUGUGACACUUUACCAGAUGGCUACCUAGACUGAAACUGCAAU